GCUGAGCAACUGGAGAGAGAAAGAGACAGAGAGAGAGAGGAAAGAGUGAGAGAGAGAGAGAGAUCUCUUAUUAACAAAGUGAUAUUAGCCCGAGGUACAGUGAUGGUUCCGGUCAGCUUGCACUGAAGCGACUGAACUCACUAACCUGUUUAACCCAACUAACGCAGCCUCACUGCCGUGUUUUAGUAGUUAAACGCGCUUUUUGAGCACAUAAUGGUUAGUUAUGAAGAAUAACAAUUUAACUAGCUAGUCGGCUAGGUUUGGGAUUGUUUCCGAAAGCUUGUAAGCUUAAGGUACAAACGCAUCAAUAUCGUAAUAGCAGUAGUUUCACUGCUCGUUUUUGUGUGUAACGAGUGAAGUAUAAGCCGGAUGACUUGCUUUAAGGACAAAAAUAAAUAAACGCCACUAGUUUAGUUAGCUUGGCUGGAAAAUCUCCUUCGCUAGCUCGUUAACGCUGUAAACGUUUUAUCUGAACCGUACAUAUUAUUAGUGUCCCGUAGUUCGGUAAACAAUACAGAUAGUUAAAAUCGAAUCUUCGGUAGAGAACGUUCACCGCGUUCAGCUGAAUCGAACCGACACUUGUGUAAAGACUCGGCGUUUGCUGUAAAAGUUAGCUAAUUGUAGCAUCGGCGGAGUGAGGAGUUACUCAAGGGGGGUUUGUCUAGAAGCAGGUACUUGGAGUGUCCAGGUCAGAAGCCAUUUUUUUGCCUUCUGCCUCAGUCAUGGAAAAAGAUGCCUGUAUAGAGGAGCAGGAAAAUGGAAAUAAAAUGAUCCACACUGUGAAGACUUCUCUACCGACUUCUGCUUAUAGAUACACAAAGGAGGAGCUUUUGGAAAUCAAAGAGCUACCAAUUUCCAAUGAGAGACCAGAAUGCCUGUCUCAGAAAUAUGACAGUGAUGGGGUGUGGGAUCCUGAAAAAUGGCAUGCGUCACUGUAUCCCUCAGAAUGUGACUUACCAGGGGAGGGAUACAAGAGAGACUAUGCUGAGGAUAGACCUCCACUAAAACGUAGAAUUGCUGACCCACGAGAGCGAAUUAAAGAGGAUGAUUUGGAGGUAGUUCUUAGCCCCCAGCGCCGUAGUUUUGGAGGUGGCUGCCAGGUAGCACCUGCUGCCCUGACUCGGCGUCCAAUCAGCCCUCUUGAGAACAAAGAGAAUGAGUCUCUUCGUCUUGGGGGCACACGGCGAAUUGGAAGUGGUCGCAUCAUGGCGGCGCGUGGGUUCGAGAGGGAUAUGCGGGUGGACAAAGAAAGGGACCGUGAAAGAGAGCGUGACUUUAAGGAUAAGAGAUUCAGGAGGGACUUUGGUGACAAAAGAGUGUUUAGUGAGAGGAGAAGGAAUGACUCUUAUGCUGAAGAGGAGCCAGAAUGGUUUUCUGGUGGACCCACAAGCCAGUCAGAAACCAUUGAGCUUAUUGGCUUUGAUGACAAAGUCUUAGAGGAUGAUAAACGAAAACCCAAGCGCUCAAGAAAGAGGACAGAGUCUAUAAAAGAAGUUGAGUGCAAUGGUGGUCUUUCUGAGGAGGCACAGGUGGUCCAAGAGCGAGGAGCUGAUCAGGAGGUCCCUCAUCCAGACAUUCUACCUGAACAAACAGCUGGGGACUUUGACUUCAAUGAGUUCUUUAAUCUGGAGAAGACCAUGCCGGGCUUGGCUUCGAUGAUUGAGGACGUACUUGGUGAAGGGCCAGUCACAGCCAGUAGGUUCAGCCGUUGGUUCAACAGUAAUCAGAGUCCCUCUGGUAGCCGCUCCAGCAGCUUGCGCUCCACCCCACAUGAAGAGCUUGAGAAACUCGCAGAUCCAUCCAGUAGUUCUCCUAGUCACGGCCCUACACCCUAUUUCACACCAAUUCACUUGGAGGAGCGGCGAGAGAAGGUGGACAUCUUGGAGCUUCUUCAUAAAGCCAAAAUUGACGUUAAACCCCUUCUCACAAGCUUAAAUGCAAACAAGGCUCGUCUCAAGGAGAGCACUAACACUGGGGUGGUGUUGUCUUUGGAGGAAGUGGAGAGCGGUUUAAAGGGGCUGAAAGUUCAGAGUGGGCAGUCUCAGUCAGCCACCAGGCAGCUGCAGGCUCAGGGCAGAGGAACUCCUUUCAUGGCCGAGCACCUGGAAGAAGCUCUUACAGGAGGCACUGGUGUCAUGGCCCGGCCCCGUGAUCCUGAUAUGUCUGCGUUCAACAAGCUGGUGAGCAGUAUGAAGGCAAGUGGAACCCUGCCCACCCAGCCCAAGGCCAGCACAAGCAGCCUGCAGCAUUCUGCAGAUCCUGCCAUCCUGAGCACCCUAAAUGAGGCACAGGUACCGGCCAUACAGCAGAAGAAUAUAUUCCAGGAGUUGUUGGGUGUUCGGGGAGCUCCACGGGCAGGUUCUCCACUGUUGAGUGGUCUGUUAGCAAACCCUGAAGCGGCACCUGCUCCAGCACCUGGCCUUUUGCAUCAGCGUGGCUCCUCACCACCACUCUUCUAUGCAGGCAUGCAGACAGGAACAGGCUUCGCUGUUGGCCCACAGCAAAUUCUGGGAGACCAAAUUACUGAGCUGCACAGAGCUUUAAGUCCAGGCCACACCUCACAGCAGUUAAGGGCACUGUCUAUGGGAAUGGACCAGGCAGAAUCAGAUGCGCUAAUGUUCCAGCAGGAUCUGGCGUUACAUGCUCGCCAAUAUCAGCAAGGAUACAACAAACAUAUCCAUGAGAAGGCCUUCCGGAACAGGUUGGGGAAAAUGCCAACAAGGAUUAGUAGAUCCCCUGGUCCUCACAUGCCAGGCAGGAAUUCCCCUGUCACUGCAGUCACUAGUAUGCUGUCUCCAUCUUUCACUCCAACCUCUGUGAUUAAAAAGAUGUAUGAGUCAAAGGAGAAGAGUAAAGAUGAGCCAGUGAGUAGGCCAGGAAGCAAAGAAGACACGGCAAACUCGCAGGAAGACAGUCCUUCCCCUAACUCCUUCCUUGAUGGUGUGGACAGUGGUGGGCCUCAAGCUGGUGGCAUAAAAGCCUGUUCCACCCCUGUAUCUGCUCAGAAUCGCCACUCGAAAGAGGCUGAGCGAGCCAGGCCUAGCUCCACCACAGGGCACCACACUCCUGCUAUGCUGUCCCCAGGAUCCUCCUCUUACCCCAGACCCAUUUACCCAGUACCGAUUUUGUCUCACGUUCCCUUGGUUAGGCCUCCACCACCACAACUGCAUCCUGGUGUAGUACAGAGGAUGAUUGCCCAGGGCAUUCAGCCCCAGCAGCUUGGACCUGCACUCUUACAAACAGGACUUUUCCCCCAGACUGUAGAUCUGGCUCAGCUGCAGGGUCUGCCUCCUGCUCUCUUGGGUCAGCCUCUGUAUCCACUGGGCACUACAGGACACCCACUAAUUCCCCCCAGAGCUGCUGGACCACACAUGCAGUUAGCAGUCAUGCAACAAUUCCAACAGCAGCAGAGACCUAAUAUACACAUGGUACCCACUGGAACCCCACAGUCACAGAGCCACAGCGCACACAGGACAACCCACUCUCAGCGGCGAGCGGGCAGUCCACCUCUAGGCCUGGCUAAGUGGUUUGGCUCAGAUGUGCUACAGCAACCCCUGCCAUCAAUGCCUUCUAAAGUAAUCAGUGUUGAUGAACUGGAGUUCCGCCAGUGAUGACGAUCCUGCAGCCAGUCACAGAGUAAAGCAAGACCUCUCUUCCUCAUGGCCCUGUUUAGUUAAAAAAGUGAACUUUACUUUCUAUGAAAAUGUACAGGUGAUGGAGCUCUGUGUGUUUUAUAUGCUCAGUCACAACUUGCAUUACUGAUAGUUGAUAGGCCUAGAAGUUAAAAGAAAUUCCUUGACUACUUUUUGUGUUUUCCCUGUCAAAAUUGUUCCAUCCAAUUAUAUAGGGAUUUGUUUUUUUUUUAACUCCUUAUUUUUGUUUAUUUGCAGUAAGUAAAUAAUGUAUAGGCCAGAAUUGUACAGACUAUGGGAAUUUUUUUUCCUCCCUGUACAUAGCUUUUUUUUUUUUUUUUUUUUUGGAUGUGUGGAAGUGUUCAAAAUAAGGAAUAGGGCCCCCCCCACCCGGCUGUCCCUUUUUUUCCUUUUCUUUUUUUUUUCUUCUUCUUUUCCCCCCAAUAGGCAGUGGGGUUCUACAUUUUUGCAGCCUUGGAUUUGGUCUAAAUGGGAAUAGCCUGUACUGCUGAUGGCUGGUUUGUAGAACAAGAGAUGUCAACAGGUGUACAAACGACACUUUUGUGUGACCAAUGCACCAUAUCUCAUGGACAAGAGUAGCUGGACCCUGCUGGUGCUGAGCCCAAGUGGGGCUACAGUAUGUAUGUGCCUUUCCCCCCUCCCCUUUCUUCCUUUAUAUCCUCUCCCCAACCUUCACUUCCUCCCCCCAACCAGUCACUAAGAGAGAAGCACUGCAUUGAAUCACGUUUCGUUUUAGGGUGGCAGGGGUUGAAUUCAAGGAAUUGUGCUACUAAUAAAAGCACAAUAAAAUAAAAUGUUCAAUAAAAAAAUUCACUUUUGUCUUUUGUUAAA